AUGCCCGCUGUCCCCAUCAAAUAUCAGGACCCAAUGGACCACCCGUAUCAAGACAAUGGAAUCAGCCACGAGCACUACAGCUCCAGCAGCUCAAGCAGCAGCAAGCAGACUAGCCCCGCCCCCUCUAACCGAUCCGACUCCAAUCGCGACUCGCCUGCCCUGAGGGGCACCAAGGGCAAGCUCUUCCAGUGCUCUGGCUUUGGCGACUGCCGCAUGGUCUUCACCCGCAGUGAGCACCUCGCCCGUCACGCUCGAAUGUUCAGUCGUUUCGACAACAUGGUCCAGCAUACUCAAACACACACCAAGGGCGCUCGCCGUGAGUCCUCCGCCGGAAUCGCCUCCAAGAUCGCCGUCGAGGGUCGCCGCAAGAGUGAUGCCGGUCCGUUGGAACCAGCACUCGCAAUAGCAGCAGCAGCGGCCAGUGGCGGAAGCUGUAAUGACACUCGACCAGCCACAAAGAUGCCCAAGACCAAGCGAAGCUCCAUUUCUUCCGCCUCUGGCUCAGAGGCCCAAGUUGCGGCCCGCAAGAACCGUAUCCACUCGAUGCCUCUCCUCAAACUCAAUUUGUCAGAAUCGAAUGACGACCAUAACAUCACUGCGGCUGUUAAGGAGGAUGUUUCUUCCACGCCUUCCUCUCCCUUAUCGGGCGCCUUCACCUCUAGCUCGAUCAAGACCCAAAGCAAAGAUAAUGGCAAGGGCCGCAAGAAGGCCAAGGUCGCCACAGUAUCCCAGCGCAAAGGGUCCGUGGGUUCUUCCUCCUCAAGCACCUCGAUGUCGUGGUAUGCGUCCAAGCUCCAUCACAAGUCAAGCGCGGACCAUGGACUGGGUCACUUUGGCCGCCGUGGAAGUCUCGAUGCCAACCUUCCGCCAUUGAGCCGAUACCCCUUUGAUUACACAAUGGACUCUUCGGAUUACCGUCGCCCUAGACAUCCCUUGUCCCCUGAGCGUUCGUCUCACUCUGAAGACGACGAGGACUCGGACGACGUGGGGUCUUCUAUGUCACAGUGGUCCAGACGGCACCAGCCAUCAUGGGGCGGCAUGGUCGAUUCUAUGGACAACAUCACUUUACCACCUCUGAGAACACCGGAGGGGCCCCUUAGCCACUCGACUCGCCUUCCAUCGAUUACUUCGGGAUACAGAACACACAGCGGCAGCUUUGGUCAUCGUCACAGCCGCGAGCCCUACGCACCCAAGAGUCGCCGGUUGUCCCUGGCAGAUCUAGAGGCACCGAUCUACAAGACCAAGAAGGUGGUUGACCAUUCGAUCCAGGUCCACCAUGCCAAGUAUGAGGGUGUUGAUGUCUCUGAGGACGAGAUCCACGCACUGGAGGCAUUUGGUGAGCUGUGGGCACAGGGUCGUGAUAUGGGCAUGGAUGAGGUGGCGCCAUCGUUGUCGGCGACUGCGUCUUCUUCAUCAUCAGUGCGGGCAGUGAUCAAGAGCGAGUUCUCGCAGCCUACUCCUGGAUUGGACCAUGGUCGCCGAUCACCUCGUGCUACCGACGACAAGGGCUUUUCACUUCUUUCAACGGCCAUGGAUCUCGACUGA